AUGACUUCGUCGUCGAUGCUCGACUCCGCGGGCGUCGGCCGCGACGAGUCGCCGGCGCCACCCGCUUUUUCACCACUGACGGAUGCCGAGCCCAUGACGGCAGCGGCCACUCCAAGGCAGAGCCAGAAUCACGACGACGAGGUCGACGGCGACGAUGUUGACCGUGGGAACACAAAGGGCGCGACGGCCAAUGGCGAUCCGGCCCAGCCCUUGACAGCAGGGACUGCGACAGCGACAACAACCUCGACAACAACAGCGACGAACUCGAUGAACCCGACUGCCACGGCAGCAGAGCCCACAACACCAGCAACCCCAGCGCCGUUGCCCCCGCGACUGGGCGCACAUACGAAUCUCAAUACAAACCCAAAUCCAAAUCACACAGGCGACCCCAUGGACAUGGACCUCCCAAUGGACCACUACGCCAGCAGCCCGGCGAUCGACAUCUACUCGCCUUACACACAGCAACACUCGUCGCAGCUACUAAUGGCCCUCGCCAGACUCUCGGCCGCAGCAUCACAGUCGCAAAUGAUGGCGCUGCCCCCCUCGACCGUUCGGCCCUCGCAAGUCUCGCUCCCCCCACACUCGGUCCACGACGACCACCACCCCGACGACGGCGGCGGCGGCGGGGGCGGCCCGCACGGCACCGACGCGCCGCUCGAAUCGUUUGCGCGAAUAGAAUUCGCCGACAGCGUGUUCCAGAUGACGACGUACGCGGUAGUGAUCGGGCGCGACCAGCGGGCGCUGGACCAGGCGCGGCGAGACGAGCGCCGGCUGGAAGAGUACAAUCGGCGGGUGCGCGAGCACGAGGAACGUGGUUUGCCUGCACCGUCGCCGCCCACGCAGGACCGCAAGUUCACCAAGUCGUAUGUUAGUGAGGAGGGAGGGAUGUUAGGGCCUGAGUCGGAUGGGGAUGAUAACCCGCGCCCGGCGAAGAGGAGGAAGACUAGUGGGGGGAGUGGCUCGCGGUCGGCUGAACCUGCGAUGGCUACUGCUGCUGGUAAUGGUGAUGGUGAACAAAACAGCGCCGAAGACAAAAACCCAACCUUCAACCGACAAUACGUAUCGCACACCCCUGGCGCAGCAGCCGUCAACCUCAGCGCACUCCGCACAUCCCCGCACUACGUCCCCUUCAUCGGCAUCCACUCCCCCGGGCCCUACAUCGCGUCGCGCACGAAAGCCAUCUCGCGCGAGCACCUCAAGAUCGAGUUCAACCAGAAAUCUGGCGUGUUCGAGGCCAUCCCGCUGCACAAGAACGGCUUCUUCUGCGAGGACGUGCACCACAAGGAUGAGAAGGUCGUGCUCAAGAGCGGCGUGCGGUUGCAGAUCAAGGAUGUAGAUUUUGUGUUUGUUAUCAACGGCGUGCCGCAUGGCAAGACGGGCGCUGAGGAUCACUUGCAGGAGGAGAAUGUCAAAGGAAGGGUGCCUGGGCGACGGUACUCGGAGGGCGGCAAGGAGAUGAGUUUCGAUUUUGAGAGUUCGCAUGAUCCCGAGAGACGGAGUACCAGCCCGGAGGAUGCGUUGGAGGGUGGGAAGGGGAUUAAGGAGGAUAGUGAUAGUGAGCUGUCGGAUCCGGGCGAGGAUAUGGUGGAUCCUGAUGCGGAUGAGGAUGAGGAUGGGGAGGAGGACGAGGAGGGGGAGCAGACGCCGGAGCAGGAUGUGAUGGAGACGAUUGAGAAGGAGGAUGGGGAGAUGGGUGCUGCUAGUGGGGGUAUUGCGGGUGCUGGUUCCGGGGUCUCUACGGCCAAUAUCAAGCCUGAGAUGUCGCUUGAGUUGCUGGCGAGUCUCGGCCCGAUCGUCCCCAAGAAACGAGGCCCCGGACGCCCUCCAAAGAACGGGAUCAUGUCGAAGCGGGAAGAACGGCUGCGCAAGAAAGCGGCCAUGGAGCUGGCCAAAAAGAACAUGCCGCAACCACCCCCCGGCGAACCACCGAUCAAGCGGAAAGUCGGCCGGCCACGCAAGCACCCACUCCCCGAGAACGCGGCCGACCGGCCGGAGAAGCGCAAGUACAAGCCGCGCAAGUCCAAGACGGGCGGGCCGGACGGAGGACCAGGCGGCGAAAACGGCGAAGGGUCCGACCUGGAGAAGACGAUCAAGGAGCGCCGGCGCGAAAAGCCCAAGACCCCGCCGCUCGAGCUGCGGCGCGAGGACUACACCGAGGAACAGCUGCAGAAACCGCCCAAGAACUAUGGCAUGCUCAUCGACGAGGUGUUGACCGCGGCGCCCGAUGGGUUGACGCUGAAGCAGAUCUACAAGCGCAUCCAGAUGAAGUAUCCGUUUUAUUACUUCACUGUUGAUACCAAAGGGUGGGAGAGUAGUGUAAGACAUAACCUGAUUGGGAAUGACGCGUUCCGGAAGAACGAGGAAACACACCUAUGGAGCCGCGUGCCGGGGAUUGAUAUCGAUGCGGGGAAGAAGCGCACUACCACGGCUACUGCGGCAACAAAAGCUACCUCACCGGACCAGCACCAUCUUCAUCAUGCUGCAUCUAUGCACACUUUUGGUGGGCAGCAACAGCAUUGCUCGAGCUCGGCCACGCCAGCGCCGGGUAUGUUCCACUCCGACGUCGGGCUGCAGCAGCAGGGGGGGUAUCAUCGGGCUGGGUCGGGAGCUCAACAACGUCCGGGGUAUCCUCCUCCUGGUCAUGGUCAGCCGGGUGGUCAACAACAGCUUGGUCAACAGCAUGCUCCGGGGCAGCAGCUCGGUCAUCCGCAACAGCAGCCUCCACGGCCGUAUGGGAUGCCGGGGCAAGCACAAGGGGGGCAGCCUGGACAUGGCAAUCAGGGGAACGCUACGGGCACGGGGUAUCCUUCGCCGUAUACCGCGCGCGGUCCACAGAAUGCGGCUGCUGGACAGUCUGGCGCCGGUCAUCCCCCAGGUGCGGUCCGCCCGGGUGCUCCGACCCAUCCGCAGGGUCCCGCGAACGGUAUGGCUCGUCCAGGUGGCCCUUCAAACCAACAAACCACACCAGGCGGAACCCGACCUCCCCAACCCACUGCCAACGGUCACACUCACGGCGCUCACGGCGCUCACGGCCACGCCCACACCUACCCCCCACCUCCCUCCCUAGUCCUCAAACCCGCCGUCGCCCCCGAACUCGUCAAACACGUAGCCAACUUCAAAACCACCGUAACCGAACAACUCCAAAAACGCACCCCCUUCGCCGAAGCCGUCGCCAUGUCCGUCAUCAACCGCGGCCUCCUCCUCACCGUCGACAGCACCGCGGGACCAGACGAAGAAUCCCUCGAGAAAAUCGUCCUCGGCGUCUUCCAGUCCUCCCGCGAGAAACUCGGCCCCGCCAAUGGGUCCCUCCACCCGGGGCUAGUUCAGACAUUGGGGAAUUUUAAGGGGAAUAUGAUUAAGACGCUCGAGCCGAAGAUGGGGAAGUUGAAUGCGGAACGGUUGAUUUUGAGUGCCGUCGAUCGGGUGUUGGGGUUUGCGGCGCAUAGUACGAUGCCCGGGGGGGAGAAUGAGAGGAGGCAGUAUGAGGAGGCGGAGAAUGUGUUGAUUCCGGCUAUUCAGAGGGUUGUGACGGAGCAUCAGAGGGGGGUUGCGUUGGCGUUGGUGCAGGGCAGCUCUAAGCCGGCGCCGGCUGCUCCGGGUUUGGGUCCAACUGGAGGUUUGGCUCAGGGACAGGGACAAGCAGGACACCCUCCAGCCACCGCUCCAGCAACCGCAGCAACUCCUCCAACAACCCAAUCAAGACCUCAAGCCCCCGGCCAAGCGCCCGCAGCACCUUCCACAUCUUCAGCAGCGCCAGCCCGAUCGUUGGGUUCUGCUCAAACCGCAGCCGUUGGUCAAAACCCUCAGGCUGUUGGUCAAAGUCAGCAGAUCCCCGGGCAAAAUCCCCAGACCCCUGGACAAGUCGCUGGACAAACCGCUGGACAAGGUCCUGUGCGAGGUCCCGGCCAAGGCGUGGCUCAUAUCCAACCUGUCCAACCUCAGUCGCCUGCUCAUGCUCUGGCGCAGGCGCAAGCGAGAGCUCAGGCACAGGCUCAGGCUCAGGCUCAGGCUCAAGCUCAGGCUCAAGCCCAAUUUCAUGCGCAGAUUCAAGGGCAGACUCAAGGGCAGACACAGGCACCCCAAGGACAGGCACCAACCCAAAUCCACGGACAAGCGACUCAAGGACAAGUUCAAGGGCAGACACAGGUUCCGAUUCCAGGGCAAGUGCAACCUCACGCCCAAGGACAAGCACAAACGACCGGGAAGGCCAUACAGAAUGGGCAGAAUGGGCAGAACGGGCAGGGGCAAGUCCAAAAACCGACUCACCCGUCUGUUCCUAGUGCCGUGUCGGGCUCCGGGACGGGUACGACUCCGACUCCGACUUUGACUCCGGGUUCAGCUCCGAUCCAAAUCCCCGCCGCAAAUCAGACUCCGGCUCAAGCUACUACGCAAUCUAGUGUACAGAGUAGCGGGCAGACAACCCGGCAAACUCCAGCUCCGACUCAGAGUCCGGGUCUAGCUCAGACCGGGACUCCUCAGACCGGGACUCCUCAGACCGGGACUCCUCAGACCGGGACUCCCCAGGUUCAGAUACAGCAGUCAACCGACCAGAGCAGCGAGAAACAGGCUACGUCAUCUACCCAAGCAGCGCCCCAGCCUCAGGGGACAACUUUGCAAACACAGCAACCGCCGCUAAGCGGUCAGCCCUCGCUUCCAGUGAAACCAUCAGGUCCUGCCGUUUUGGGUCCGUCUGCUGCAGGUGCCCCGGCUUCUUCUGCUGCCUUAGCAGCUCGGACUGGAAAUCCCGCUACUACCAGCUCGGCUGCCGCUCCUACGACGGCUCAAACGCCUGCUUCGAUACCAGCACCUGCUUCGACAUCAGUAGCUCCAACAGCAGCUGCAACAGAAGCCCCGGCUGAGAAACCGACCGCGCCCGCGGCAGCCCCUGCGGUCGCUCAGCAGCUGACUUAA